CUGGGGCGGGGUUCAUCACCACAUACAUAGCCAAGUUUGCCCGAGUCAAUCUAUCUUUCGUCUGUCAGCCCAUCAUCCGUAGAUGCCUAUCUUGAGAUCUCAAAUAGAGCCUUAUCGGCUAUACGAGGCUGAAUAUUUGUAAAUUAUUGUGGUAAAACGUCGGUCUGGACUGUGCCGCAUUUCCUUCGAUCAUUAUCGGCAUCACCACUCUCGGCACCACCUUUGUCAUUGCCCUCUUCACUUCCAUUCGAGACUUGCCAUUGAUCUCAGUACCUUUCAUGGUUCUUCAACAUUCAACAUUAGCCUUUGCUUGAACAACGAGGCAUCAUCAUGGCAGAUACUCGUCGCGCAGAAUGGUUUCUCUCCAAAGCAUCACUCCAACCCCCUCCCCGUCUCGGUGGUCUGACCGAGCCACCCGCCCAAGAUUUCCUCCCAUUCAGCACUACCAACCGCGACGCAGCCCGCCAACUCCUCGUACAACAGAGAACAUCAGAUCCCAACUACAAACCCCCAGACCGACAAAAGCGACAUCUCUUCCGCUCCAAGGAACAAAAGGCCGAAGCUUGCGAUACUUCACAAUGGAGCUUUACGAAACAUGAAGUCGCGAAAGCCUUCGAUGCGCUACUAGCACAGCAGACACUUCCGCCAGCUGGCGUUGCGCAAGCUCUCUUGUUGCAUACGACGCUUACUUCGUUGGAUGAGCUUUGGGGCCAUUUGAAUGAUGCGCAGUUAGAGAAAAGGAUGAAGAGGAAUAGGAUGACCGAGAUCCUAAACUUCGAUUCCAACGGCAUGACUUGGCUGGAUACAGUGACAUCUCGCGAUAACUUCAACUACGUUCACUUGCUAUGUCAAACACAAGCCAGCCAAGGAGUCUUGAACAGAGCGUUUGGCAUGGCCUUGUCCAGAUCAUCCCUCGAGUCUACGAAGCUUCUGCUGAGCUUUGGGGCAGUGGCAUCUGAUUACCAAGAUCUCAUUAACCAACAUAUACGAGCCAAGAAUUUGGAGUUGGUGAAGCUUCUACUAUCAGCGCCCAACUCGAUGGGACCCUCAGAUUGGAAAGCGUGCCUCGAACAAGAUUUCGCACGGGCAGAAGCAGGAGAAGCUUUGUCCCUCUCAUUCAUCCUUCUGCUCCUAUCCCAGCGCCCAGAACUAGUCUCAGGCUCAUUUCUUCUUUGUGCACUGAGAUUACAGAGCUAUCAAGCAACAGCUAUGAUGCUGGGCUACGCAUACUCCAACCAGGUCUUCUUCGCUAUUCGUCACCAGGCCUGCGAAAUCAUAUCUCAGUACCAGAACGCCAACCAGAGACUAGCCUUUCUCACUCUCCUGUCUCAUUCUGGUCUCAUUGGAGACAACUUGGUCACUCGAGAGGAGCUUGUCAAAGAAGUACUCGCUCGCCACUUACCACUUGUCAAACUACUUGUGCAUGCUGGCGUGGCAAUUGAUGUCCCUCCACACAAUGCUUUAAAGUGGGCAGUCUCACAACUAGACUUUGGAAUACUGGAGAUUCUUAGACAUGGGAGCCUUUCGUCGCCUGCGUCCCAAAUACUGAGCUACCUGCCCGAUAACAUCCCAGAGCCUGACAUGGUUCAUUUCAUGAAUAUGUUUGGAUCUAUGGGUCUGGGAGGACAACAGCUUGACUCAUGCCUUAUUCGUGCCGCGCACAGGAAGCAACAGCACCUUGCCGGAACUCUGCUCCAUUAUGGUGCAUCAGUCGAGGCUGAAGAAGCUGCUGCCAUCCGCGCAGCUAUCGCAUCUGCUGAUAUGUAUGUGCUCAGCUUGCUCUUACAAGGGCAGUGUGCAUCGACUAUACUUUCAACGUUAGUUCCUACGGCCAUGGAAGUGUCGCCAAGAACCAUGCGGUUCGGUGUAAUGCAUUGUCUUAUUAGGAAGGGUGUUGAAAGACAGUCACUUGGUACGGCUCUAAUUCAGCUCAUAUCUGAAGAGGGUGAUAUCGACUCUGACCUCAUCAAACUUCUUAUCGACAAUGAUGCGCCACUGGACUCGGGUCCGGACCUCGAUAAUUCCCCGCUUGUACAGGUCAUAAAGAAAGGAGAUGUCACAGUCCUCAACAUGCUCUGCGGCGCGAAGCCUACAACAGAGGCAUUGGCUUCUGCUCUUCCCUUUGCGUUCAACACCAUUGACGCUUUUGGCUACGAUGUUUCGCUUGACUUAAUGACUCUACUUCUCAAGCAGGGUGCAUCAGGCCUACCAGUACACGAAACAUUCCUCAAGGCAAUCUCAUCAGAUGCACCCAUCGACUUUGUGCAGUUGUUGACAGAGCAUGGCGCCGACGUCAACUACUCGUCUGGCCAAGCUUUUGUGACGGCAAUUGAGAUGGACAAGCCUGCACUCUUGGAACUGCUAUGCUCUGCAUCUCCACCAACUCAAGCAACUGUCAAUGCUUCUCUACCUAAGCUCAUCGAAACAAAGCAUUACAAUCUCUCCAACAUCGAGCUCUUCCUGAGCUCUGCAUCGCGCGCAACGCCAAAGCCAUCUCUCACAAAUACCUAUGCUCUUAUCAAAGACCAUCCGCAGCGUUCAGAGCUCUUGCCUUGUCUUUUGCGCCAUGGCCUCGAUAUAAAUGAGGAAUCUGGUAUGAUUCUCUGCCUCGCAGUUCGAGAACCCGACAUGGACCUCAUCAAGUCAAUUCUUGCUCUUGAUCCUAGUAUCGCUACACUUUCCAACGCCUUUCGCGAGGCAUGCCAAGUCGAGGAUACGGAUAUGAAGCUUGAUCUUAUGGACCGUCUGCUACAGAAGGCUUCUCCGGCUGAGAUUGGACAAUCCAAAGCACUGCUGCAAGAAACCCAAGCGGCUCUUGACGGAGACAUGGAUGGGCUUUGGCUGCUUCUCGGCCACAAAGCCAACGUCAACUUCAACAACGGCGAAGCUGUUCAAGCAGCUGCUUCAAACAAAGCAGGGUAUCCAAUCAUUCUCAACAUGCUCCUGUCAGCUGGCGCCACGGACGUUACCGUCGAGGAGGCAUUUGACGCUGCUAGCAACGCUGAUACACCAGCAUUCAUCAAAACCGGCAUCUUUGGAAGUCUAUUUGCUUUCAACAAAGAUAUUUCAGUUGAUAUUAUAUCUCGAGCUUUUGUCAAAGCCCUCGAAAGCCACCCUGAUGAUGAACAUCUCCCAAAUUUGCUCCUAGAACAUGGUGCUGGUGCUCAAGUACAGCUAGCCAUGUUUGAGGCUGCGGCUGGAGCCUCUCCAGGUGGCCUCUUCCAGAAGCUUCUGCGCAAGGUCUCCGACUAUCCUAUGCGCAAUGAGAUCUUCGAGUAUAUCCGAAUGCAAACUACCAUGUCAUCGAUGGAUAGACAUCAAGCCUACGAGACCCUUCUGAAGCAAGGCGUGGCCAAGACUCAGAUCUCUGAGGCUCUCGUAACGUCAAUUAGGAACGAGCCUACUAAUCGAGAAAUUCCUAUGUUGCUUCUCAACAACGGCGCUCAGGUCAACUACAAGAACAACGAAGCAUUCGCUGCAGCGUUUCAGUCGCGCAACUUAGAGAUGUUCGAACUCCUUUGCUGUUACCUAGUGAAAGGCGAGCAUGACGAGGCAGCGAAGCUCGUCUUUGAGCAUCCGUAUCUACGAGAGAAUCCCUGUGUUACGGUUGAACAAAGUGUUCGUGCGAAUAUCUACAAGAGUGUUCUAACCUGCAACAUUGAUCCGAAGAGUAUCUACACCACGCUCGUUCACUUCCUCGAUUCACGAGAGUCCAACCUUGCCAUUGUGGAGCUUCUUCUCGAGCAUGGCGUCGAUCCCAAUGAUGAGGAUGGUCACUGCUUCUAUCUCGCAGCACGACACAAAGUGGAAUCUCACUUCCGAGCUCUGUGUAAAUACGCAGACCUGUCCAUUGUCCUACCCACACUUUCACGUCGCAUUGUGAAAGAGCAUAAUGUGACGCGCUGGUUCAAGAUCUGUCUUGAGAUGCAGCCCUCUCAAAUUGCGGGUUUGUCAGAUCAACUUUUGUUUCAGUGUAUACGCAAGUUUCCAAACGGUACUGAUUGUCUGGAUGUGCUUUUGGAAGCCGGAUUGUCGCCGUCUGCGACGAUUAGUUAUCGUCUGCAUAAGAAUUGGGCGGAUGAAGAGAUAUCGCUGCUUAUUUGGUGUCUUGUAUCCCCAUUAAAAACUGGGAAUAAUGUUAUCCUCAGGUUAUUGGAACACGGAAGCAAAGCUUUACCAGACUACGUGACACCAGACUCCAAGAUACCCACCAUCUUUCUCACACUCCUCAACAAGUCACGAGCUCCCAUUCUCGAGGCUUUACUAAAACUUGAUGACACCAACGUUCUCAACCAAACCAUCUCCGGGUCAAAGUUCAGUUCUCUAGCUUCUUAUCCCAAGAAGCCCAAGCUUGAAUUUACAGCUCUCUUCGAAGACGAAGACGAGAUCCCGCCACGUGAAGCAUCACUCUUUCUUGGCAACCUUGACGCCUUCAAGUUACUCAACAGUACCAUGCUCCCUGAUGACGGCACACUUCAUCUAGCAGCUCUCCUUGCCCUUCCUGAUUUCACAGACUGGCUUCUCUCAACCCACGAGCCAAACUAUGAGGAAGAAAACUUUGGCUUCAUGGUUCCACUGGCACUAACAUGCUACUCUAAGCCAUUCCCUUGGUGUAAGGUUGCCAACGAGGAACAAGAGUGGUUUUCUCGCUUAGAGGAGACCAUCAAGAUUCUGAUCCCAAAGACAUUGUCCAGCUGGAGAUAUCGGCAGAAACUUCCGUUGCAUCUUGCACUGGAGAAUGGGAGCCGAGUUACUAUGGCUAUGUUGAAUGUGCUGAACGCGAGAGGUAUCGGGAAUAGAGAUAAGUAUUUGUAUACUGAUAAGACGGGUAUGCAGUACUCGCCUUGUGAGUAUGUUGAGACGUUUGUAGAAGUUGAAGAUGAGGAAAAGGUCAAGCUGAUCAAGAUUCUCCAGGAGCAUGGAUUAAACUGACGACGUAUUAUGUAUUUAUUCUUUGUAUCUAUUGUCAUACUUAUAUACCCUGAUUUUUCUAUCCUGUAGAUAUUCCUGUUUAGCCCGUCCUAGUCCUGGCCGGAAUUCAGGUAGCCUUACCAUAAGGCUUGUGACGUUUUGGCAGAGAGAUAGGAAACAUCAGACUUAAAUAUAAGAUGUUAGAAUAAACUCA